AAGUGGUGAAGGAAGAAGUGUCUGAUAGUCUGAAACUUCAAAAUUUUUAGGUUAACCCUUAGUAAGAUUUCAAGAAGCCGGUAUUCCUAACCUAACGUUUAGGUUUAUGUUAUUUCUUAUUACACCGUAAAACUCAAUCGUGCUUAUAAAGCCAAAGCGACGAAAUGAUAUCUCUUUUAACGCCAGCUCUAGAAUUUUUGUACGAAGUCUAUCCGUUUAUCAUUUAUUUUUCCCUCACAUUAACAUCCCUUUCGAUUUCGAUUUUUGUUUAUUUCAAGACUCUCCCGAAAAAACAAGAAUGGUUACAUGACGAAGACAAAGGUGGGGGAGAAAAAUCUUCAAAAAAAGUAUCAAAGAAGGUUUAUACUAAGGAAUCACAGAAACUCAAAGAUUCGAAUAAAAAAUCAAAGAAAUCAAAAACAUUCAAGGUCCCAAAAGUGUUGAUAUUGUAUGGAACUGUUACUGGAAAUUCAAAGCGUCUAAGCGAAGAAUUAAGGAAAGAAUUGAAGAAGGUGACAGAUGUGGCUGUAUUUAAUAUUAUAAAUAUUGAUGCAGAAGAACUGAUGUUGCAAUACGCUUCUUUACAGGACAUGUGUCUGUUCCUUUUGCCAACUCAUGAUGGAGGAAUGCCUCCUCAAAAUAUGAGCUUUUUCUACAAUUGGCUUCAUGAUGCGGUAAAUGACUUUCGAUACAGCAAGGGAGCAUUCAAGGGGUUAAGAUAUGGAGUGUUUGGUUUAGGAAAUUCUCAAUAUAAAUCACACUACAACAAAGUGGGCAAACAGGUAGAUGAAGUGUUAUCAAAGCUGGGCGCCGACCGUGUGAUCCCCCUCACUCUAGGAGAUGAAGACUCGUUACAGGAUGACUUCAAAGCUUGGACGGAGUCUGUGGUGAACUACGUGACUUCAGGAAAACCAGAUCUCGGCUUGAAGCAUGAGAGUCAAGCCACACAGACUGAGAUGGUUGACACAGCAAACAAUGUCCUGGAUCUAGAAGAACUCGGCCCUGCUCUGCUUCAGAUGAAACAACAAUCCAAGACACCUCAACAGCCUAAGGAAAUGAUCACUCCAGCCCUGCGCACGGCUCUCACCAAACAGGGAUACAAACUACUCGGUUCACACUCUGGCGUCAAGCUGUGUCGCUGGACGAAGGCUAUGUUGAGAGGUCGCGGGGGCUGCUACAAGCACACAUUCUACGGUAUAGAGUCUCACCGUUGUAUGGAGGCCACACCCAGCCUGGCGUGUGCCAAUAAGUGUGUGUUCUGCUGGCGUCACCACACCAACCCAGUGGGUACCGAGUGGCGUUGGAAAACAGACGAUCCACACGACAUUUUGGACCAGGCACUGGCAGCACACUACAACAUGAUCAACGAGUUUAAAGGAGCCCCAGGUGUUUUACCUGACAGAUUGGCUGAGGGUCUAGAGGCCAAACAUUGUGCCUUGUCUCUGGUAGGUGAGCCCAUCAUGUACCCAGAGAUCAACACAUUUAUCAAGCUGCUGCACUCUAAACACAUAUCCUCCUUCCUAGUCACCAACGCUCAGUUCCCAGAUGCUAUACGGCAGUUAAGUCCGGUGACCCAGUUGUAUGUAAGUGUUGACGCAAGCACCAAGAAUAGCCUCAAGAAGAUUGAUCGGCCGUUAUUCUCUGACUUUUGGGAAAGGUUCCUAGAUAGCCUUAAGGCACUGUCAAGAAAGGGACAGAGAACAGUCUACCGUUUAACAUUAGUGAAAGCUUGGAAUGUAGAAGAGCUAGAAAGUUACUCACAACUAGUGAAGUUGGGAAAACCUGACUUUAUUGAAAUCAAGGGUGUAACGUUCUGCGGAGGAGGGGAAAACAACACUCUGACCAUGCAGAAUGUACCUUAUCAUGAGGAAGUGGUCACGUUCAGCUCUAAACUGACGGAGCUGUUGCCUGACUACGCACUGGCGUCGGAACAUGAACACUCUAACUGUGUGCUGAUAGCCAAUAAAAAGUUCCUUGUAGACGGAGAGUGGUGGACAUGGAUCAACUAUGAACGUUUCCACAAGCUUGUGGAAAGGUUAGAAAAGACAGGGGAGCCCUUUACUGCACUAGACUACAUACACCCAACACCGUCAUGGGCAGUGUUUGGCUGUGAUGAGAGAGGGUUCGAUCCUGUAGAGACUCGCUGGCACAGGCGGCCGGCCACUGCUGGGUGUUAAAACACUCCUUAGUAUUUUUAUAGUAUUGUUCUUAUCAGUAUGUCAACUAUAGUAGAACCUCUUUUAUCUGGCUACCUCCAAUCUUAGCCUCAAACAAAUCUAAAUACUGAUCUCCCUCAAAAACAAACCAACUUUAAUUUCACACAUUUAUUAGCGGCUAGGUCCAAUGAAUUGUUGGUGAAAAAGACAAUUAAAUCUCAAUCAAUAUAAUAGAAUUCAAUAUUUAUGUUUAAAAGAGGCUAAAAUCUCAUUUAUGUUUAUUGGGUUAUGUUUGAAAUAAAAAUCACAUCUCUCAAGCCAAUAGACGCUACCAAUGUUGACUAAGCUUGUCUUAGAUGACUACCAAAUCAACUAAAUCAGAAUAACAGUGUACACAGAUUAGCAAUGUACAAUUACAAUUGGGUUUUUAAUAAAUUUGAUACGAAAUACUGAAAAAUGAAGGAACAUAAAAAUAGCUUGAAAUAAGUAUAUAUUUUUAAUUCCAAAAAGCAAGUAAGUACUUAAAAAUUGAAGGUCCAAUUUGAGGGGUUCUACUGUAUUUGUGUGUUUUGUUGUUAGUACAAUUAUUAUUUUGAAGUGAAUCCUUGUUUUUAGAUUUGACUGAAAGAUUUUUUGUCGAAUUGUCUUCAUUUGUUUUUUUUUUUAAUUCAUCACAACUUCUCUAUGUACUAAGCACAAUUUAUCUUGAGCUGAGUGUAUUUACUUUUCACAAUUAUUUAAAAGUGAAUUUACUGAAAAAGGAAGUAUUAUGUAGUUUAUUUUACUCUUGCAGUCGAGUAAACCAAAGCUUAUGAUAUUUUGUGUUCAAUAUACUACAUUCAGUUGAUUCAUUAUUCAUUAUAUAUUUUUGAGAAAAAUGAUAAUCCUGACAGAGAAUGUGUAUUCCUUAGAGUAACCUAUUUUGUGAUAAGAUAAUUUAAGGUUUUAAAAGUCUGAUAUAAUUUUGCUCUGCUUGUUAAGAUUUCCAUUACAGUAAGUUUCUAAAGA